AUAUUCAAUUUUCAUUAUAUUAUAUUCUAUAAAAACCCACGAUACAUACAAAAUAAAUAUCAAAAUAUCACUAAUAUAUUAUGUUCAUAUACUAAUUUAAACUUAUUUUUUUUUAUAACUUUUUAGUAAUAUUUAUUGAAAUACACAUAUUUAUCAAGAUUUCCGUAAAAUUAAGAUAUGAAUAGAUAUAAAUAUGUUAAACGUUGGUUCUAAGCUGAUAUUAUAAAUUCACAUGAAUUCUGCUAGAUUGAUUGACAAACACACAUACACUGGACCACUUCACAUCAGAGAUAACCUUACUUAAUAUAAGCCUAUCUUGUUCAUGUUCUUAGUGUCCAAUCCAUAACAAUGGCAGCCAUGAAACCCAAACAUCCUCCACUCCGACAAAUCUCCAAUUGCUUCAUCAAACCUGAACAUCUUUCCCCAGAAACAAAGCAGCUGCCAUACCAUUUAGGCCCUUCUGAACUCGCUUUUCUUUCCUUCCACUACAUCCAAAAAGGUCUUCUCUUUCACAAACCUCCCGACCAAGGAGAUCAUUUUAUGGUUCCCCUUCUUCAUCGCCUCAAAAACUCCCUCUCCACAGCUCUCUUUCAUUUCUACCCACUUUCCGGCCGCCUUGCUACCACUACCAAUAAUGGGGUUUAUGUUGACUGCGUUGACAGCCCUGGAGCCAAGUUCAUCCAUGCCGCCCUUGACAUUACUGUCUCCGACAUUCUCUCCCCGCUUCAUGUGCCUUCUUCACUCAUCCAAUCUCUCUUUGACCUCAACAAAGCCGUCAACUACGAUGGCCGCACCUUACCUUUGCUAUCCAUUCAGGUAACUGAACUAUUAGACGGUGUCUUCAUCGCCUCUUCUUUCAACCAUUCUCUUGGUGAUGGAACUUCCUUUUGGAAUUUCUUCAAUAUGUGGUCUGAGAUUUUUCAAGCUCAUGGAGAUGGAGAUGAAGUUAUUUCAAUUUCACGACCACCCAUUCUAGAGCGUUGGUUUCCUGAUGGGUAUGGUCCAACUAUCAAUCUCCCCCCCUUUGUUCACCUGAAUGAAUUUGAAGCUCCCGAGUUAAGGAGGAGAUUUUUCCACUUCUCAGCAGAAUCAAUUGCAAAUCUGAAAGCAAAAGCCAACGCAGAGUGCAAAACUAAAGAAAUCUCCUCCUUUCAAUCAUUGAGUGCACUUGUAUGGAAAGCCAUAACACGAGCUCGUUGCAUAAAGCAGGAUCAAAUUACCAGUUGUAGGAUGGCAGUAAAUUACAGGGGAAGACUAAAACCAGCAUUGCCUGAAAAUUACUUAGGCAACAUGAUUACAUCAGUGAAAGCAGAUGCAAAAGCAGGGGACUUGGUUGAAAGAGGGUUGGGUUGGGGUGCACAGAAAUUGCAUGAAGCUGUGACAAACAUCACAAACGAAAAGAUAAGAGAAUCACUUGAGAAGUGGGUUCAGUGUCCAUGUACUCAUCAAUUGAGUUCUGUUUCGAAUCCAUAUAAUGUGUUGAUGUCGAGCUCGCCCAGAUUCAAUAUGUAUGGAAACAAAUUUGGAAUGGGAAAAGCGAUGGGAGUUCGAAGUGGAUAUGCCAACACAAUGGAGGGAAAGGUUACUGCUUAUCCAGGAAAUGAAGGAGAAGGAGGAAGUGUAGAUUUAGAGAUUUGCUUACAACCACAAACUAUGGCAAAUCUGGAGUCUGAUUUGGAGUUCAUGAAUGCUAUCUCUUCUCCACCUCACUUUCCUUCUUUGUCAUAACCAAUCAAUAUUCCCAAGUUGGGCAGUGUGUGGAAGAAUAUAUAUAAUAUAUAUAUUUGUCUUAUCAUUCUCUCUUUUAUGUAUUUGUAAUAUUCAUAUAUAUAUAUAUAUAUAUCAUAGCCUUUUAAAUUAAUGCCAA